ACCGCUGCAUCGUGCAUCGUGCAGGAGAGGGGAAGAAAAAAGACAAGAGAAAUAGCACUCCUGGCGCGGUCACUAACUACCUCAGUUUCUGCGUCGCGAGGGAAAACAGGAAAUAUCCGCGGGAAAAGGCAUACAGCUGGCUCCCUGCGCUGUUUUACCGAAAUGUCCAUCUUCUGUAGUCUAAAGAUGAGCUGUGACCAGACGUAAAGACAGCGUGGAUGGUGAUCUCUCCUACUGGAACUCAGCUGUCUUCACCUCUCAACCGUGUGCCUGCUCCCAUCCCACUGCCAUAGAGAUCUGCUCUCCCUCACACCAGCAGCAGCAGCUUGCUAUCCUAGCCAACGCUAGUAUCAUUUUAACCAUCUCCCAACUUACUGUGGUUGGCUGCAGCUGAGUUGCCCUGUUGUAACAGAAGAAAGUAAGCUAACGUAAGUUACUUUCUAAUUGUCUCUCACACUUAGGUCAGCUUUUUUGGCAGUUCCUUUUGCCAGUGAACAUUGGUUCCCAACUGACUGAGCUGGUUCGCUAAAGGGCAAAUAAAGACAGGUAGAUAGAAUCAGAGUCAGCAAGAUGGACGAGUCGUACAACAACAGGACGUCACUGGUGAAGGGCGCCAAGGACAUUGCCAAGGAGGCCAAACGCCAUGCUGCUAAGAAGGUCAGCAAGGUCGUCAACCGCGCCGCAGACGAGUACUCCUCCCAACGCAACUACAGCCAGUUCCAGAACGAGGACGACGACGAUGAUGACGGACGCUACGCCUACACGCAGCCCGAUGGCAACGACCACUUCCCCGGUGGUCUUACCGCCAAAGACGAAGACGAGGAAGACUACGCCAGUGACGCCACGGAGGGUCACGAUGAUGAAGAUGAGAUCUAUGAGGGGGAGUAUCAGGGGGUGCCUGCUGACGGGAAGCCUAGAGACGGGCAUGUUUCUCUGGGUCAACUUGUCUCAGACAGCAUGAGGGACCGUAAGGACCUGGAGCAAGAGAGGCAGGCGGACGAGGAGGAGCUGGCCCAGCAGUAUGAGCUGAUCAUGCAGGAGUGUGGCCACGGCAGGUUUCAGUGGCAGCUGUUCUUCGUGCUGGGCAUGGCGCUGAUGUCUGAUGGAGUGGAGGUGUUCGUGGUGGGGUUCGUCCUACCCAGCGCCGAGCUGGACAUGUGUGUCCCCAACUCUGGAGCAGGGUGGCUAGGCAGCAUAGUGUACCUGGGGAUGAUGAUGGGGGCAUUCUUCUGGGGGGGUCUGUCGGACAAGGUGGGCCGUAAACAGUGUCUGCUUAUCGCUAUGUCGGUCAACGGCUUCUUCUCCUUCCUCUCCUCCUUCGUCCAGGGGUACGGCAUGUUCCUCUUCUGCCGCAUGCUCUCCGGCUUCGGGAUUGGUGGGGCUGUGCCGAUCGUGUUCCCCUACUUUGCUGAGUUCCUGGCGAGGGAGAAGAGAGGAGAGCACCUGAGCUGGCUCUGCAUGUUCUGGAUGAUAGGAGGGAUCUACGCCUCGGCCAUGGCCUGGCUCAUCAUACCACACUACGGUUGGAGUUUCAGUAUGGGCUCGGCUUACCAGUUCCACAGUUGGAGAGUGUUUGUGGUGGUGUGUGCUCUGCCCUGUGUGUGUGCUGUCGUAGCACUCACCUUCAUACCUGAGAGCCCACGGUUUUUCCUAGAGAUGGGUAAACAUGACGAGGCCUGGAUGGUGCUGAAACAGAUCCACGACACCAACAUGAGGGCCCGCGGAGAACCAGAGAAAGUCUUUACUGUGAACAGGAUAAAGCUUCCUAAGCAUCUGGAUGAGUUGGUGGAGAUGCAGUCAGACUCAGCCAACCCUGUGGCCAAAGUCCUCUUCAGGAUCAGGACCGAACUCAGAGGGAUCUGGUUAACGUUCAUGAAAUGUUUCAACUACCCGGUCAGAGACAACACCAUCAAACUGGCUAUCGUGUGGUUCACAUUGUCUUUUGGGUACUACGGCCUAUCAGUGUGGUUCCCUGAUGUCAUCCAUCACCUUCAGUCUGAUGAGUAUGCCUCCAGAGUGAAGACUCACAACAACGAACUUAUAGAAGACUUCACCUUUAACUUUACCCUGGAGAACCAGAUACACACCAACGGAGUGUUCGUCAACGACAGGUUCAUCAGCAUGAAGUUGAAGUCCGUCACCUUCAUAGACUCCACGUUUCAGAACUGUUACUUUGAUGACGUGUCAACAGUAGGCUCAUUAUUCAAGAAUUGCAGCUUCGUAGAAGCCUUCUUUUAUAACACAGAUAUUGACGAUUCUAAGCUGGUUGGGUCGAGGGUAAUCAACAGUUCAUUUCAUCACAACAAAACGGGCUGUCAGAUGACUUUCGACGACGACUACAGCGCCUACUGGGUCUACUUUGUCAACUUCCUGGGGACGCUCGCCGUGUUGCCCGGCAACAUAGUCUCCGCCCUCCUCAUGGACAAGAUAGGGCGCCUGAGCAUGCUGGGGGGCUCCAUGGUGCUGUCAGGCAUCAGUUGUUUCUUCCUGUGGUUUGGUACCAGUGAGUCUAUGAUGAUCUUCAUGCUGUGUCUCUAUAACGGCCUCAGUAUAUCAGCCUGGAACUCCCUGGAUGUAGUCACUGCUGAGCUUUACCCUACAGACAGGAGGGGUACAGGCUUCGGCUUCUGUAAUGCUAUGUGUAAGCUGGCAGCGGUGCUGGGGAACCUGAUCUUCGGCUCUCUGGUUGGCAUCACUAAGGCCAUCCCCAUCCUGCUGGCGUCGACUGUACUGGUGGGAGGAGGACUGGUGGGGCUACGGCUGCCUGACACACGCGGCAAUGUCCUGAUGUAGAACUACACUACCCAGCAGCCUUCACUCAUGUGCCGGUUCGGCUUUUGUUGAACAUGCUGUCAUAAGGACUACAUAUCUGGGCUGGCAUUCAAGUAUGCUAUUUGGCCAGCUUCAUGCUUAGCCAAUUAGCUAAGCUAAACAAUAGUACACGCCGUAACAGUACAAAGUCAGUUGUCAUAAGCUGAUAUGUAACAUCUUUGUUUUAAGACAGUGUAGGCCUUGUUACAGCAUGUUCUAAUAAGGAAAUGGAGAAUCACCAAUGGUUGCCACACGCAACACACGUGCGGAAAAGGCUGUGCCACCAAUCACUCACAGACUGUACUCUGUCUUCAGUUCAGAUUUCACUGUAAAAUAUGGCCAUUCAUUUGUUUGCUUGUUUGCUUGUUAAUUUGUCUCUCAAUAAUGUAAUAAUGCCAUUUAUUGUGCCGCUGCUGUGCUAUCUUGUACUUCAAACCAAAAUGCCAAGAAGUGCUGUACACUUCAGAGUGGGGCGUGAUUUCUCCUUUCAAAAUAGUCAGUUAUUCGUGAUGUUUGUUCAAGACUUUUUCACCCCCAGCUCCAAUUGCAAGAAAAACAUGGCCAUAGUAAAAUAGAAAUAGUAAGAAAUAGCUUUUAGUGUCGUCAAAAGUUACAGCAAAUUCAGCAGCUACAUUUCUAAAGAAAACUGUGUGUGUGUGUGUGUGUGUGUGUGUGUGUGUGUGUGUGUGUGUGUGUGUGUGUGUGUGUGUGUGUGUGUGUGUGUGUGUGUGUGUGUGUGUGUGUGUGUGUGUGUGUGUGUGUGUGUGUGUGUGUGUGUGUGUGAGUGUGUGUGUGUGUGUGUGUGUUGUGGGACAGCUUAGGGCUUUGUUCUCUGUUGCUGUGGGUCUCUGUCAAAAGGAAUUUAUUUAGUAAGAAACCUCUGAGCUGCUAGCGAUAGCUUCUUCUCCAUUUCUUUGUAUCUGUUUAACUCUAUCUUUGUCUUUACCUGUAUCCCUACCUCUGUCUCUCUCUCUCUGUCUCUCUCUCUCUCUCUCUCUCUCUCUCUCUCUCUCUCUCCUCUCUCUGUCUCUCUCUGUCUCUCUCUCUCUGUCUCUCUCUCUCUGUCUCUCUCUCUGUCUCUCUCUGUCUCUCUCUCUCUCUCUCUCUCUCUCUCUCUCUCUCUCUGUCUCUCUGUCUCUGUCUCUGUCUCUCUCUCUGUCUCUCUGUCUCUCUGUCUC